CUAAAAUGCGGUGUCUUCUUCGUUCGAUAAGCGCACCACCAGUGGGACCAGUUUCCCGUGUCAGUGUCCAAGACGGACCGCACUCUUCGGCACACGGUGGCCGAGAAACUCGCGACACACGCCAGAGCCGACCGUGCCACUUGACGUGUUCUUGCACGUAACGGAGUACGUACCGUACGGGCCACCCUACGAGUCAUUGCACGUAGAGAAGCACGUUCCAUCUAGCCACCCCUUCCAAGUCCGCACAAUGGAAGGGCCUAUUUUGGAAUACAUUGGCUCGACAAACCCCGCAACUACGCCGGCCCUUGGAGGCAUAUCGGGCGAGCAGUUCACGGCACGCAAUCUCGAGCAAUCCUCGAGCAAUGUCAGUAACCAUUCUCUCUCUAGUCAAUAUCCAUUUCCCCCUAACUUAGAUUCGACAAAAACCAAAUGGUAGAUGGUGCGGAACAAAAAUUACGAAGCUGCUAAGACUAGAGAGAUAGAUAAGGCCGACACUCGGCAAAGACUCUUGGACUAGCUCCAAUCGAAUGACGGGAAAGGCCUCGACAUCAUGGCCUUAUGCACGAAAUAUAGGGUCCCCGUUAGUCGAUGGUGAUCACGGAGAUGUCUACGAGAAAUCUGAGGAGGAACUGAGAAAAUACCUUGAGGCACGACUUGAGCAGGAACGACAAAGCGCCUGGCUCGCAGCUAAUCAAGCGGUCCGCACCCUCGCCGACCCUGUGGCACGAACUUUACUUAGUGCCGAAGGUAUCUCCACAGCCUCUAAAUCAAUUGUACUUACUAACGCGGACCUCAUGCCGAUUCGAGAAGGCUGGGGCUCGUCCCUGUGUGGUAUGUUCGCUGGGCGAUUUCCAGGUAAAGAAGCAGUUCUCGACAUGAUACAACGUUGGAAAGUCCCGGUCAAGGCGGCCUUCCACAGAAAAGGCUGGAUUAUAUUUAGCUUUGCCAAUCAAAAAGAUCUUGAAAAAGUUUGGGGAAAAGUGCCCCAAUCAAUUUUGGCAUACUGCUCAUCCUGGAACCGACCCUGGAGGACUUUGAUUUCAAGAUGAAACUAAAGGUAGACAUUCCCAUUUGGAUCACGAACCCUGAUCUCCCUCUGACCCUUUGGAAUAAGUCGGCCAUUAAAAAAAUUGCCACCACGGUAGGCACACCGGUCAUGGUGGACGAAGAUACGAUCCUCAAAUACACGUUGGAUGGGCCAAGGGUUCAGGUUAUUGUCAAUAUCCUUGAUGAGCCCCGAAAUAGCAUCAAAAUCAUUAUGCUAGGGGUGAAAAAUUUAAUCAGGAGAUUUCCUAUGAGCUCCUCCCUAAAUACUGCCACAUAUGCCAUGUGUUUGGCCAUCCUAGCGAGGGAUAUCCCGGACCCGAAGAAACCCGAACCGGCAAAAGACCCGAGAUCCUACACGCUCCAAGAGUCGUGGCCCUGGGGGACAGAUGGCUUGAGCAUUGUUAAUGAGAUAGAUCAAUUGGAAGAGCAGCCGCCGGAUAGCUCCAACAUUACCCGUCGCAAAGACGUGUCGCUUCCGAGAUCCAGACCAUCCUAAUGAUAGUGACAACAUGGAAUUUCAGGGGCUACAACAACCCUGCAGACAACCUGUUGUAGCAGACUUUAUAAGGUCCAACAAGGUCGACGUUAUGGGUCUCUUGGAGACCAAGUUUAAAGAGAUUGAUAAUAUCAUCAUGUUCAUUCCGAGAUACUUCCCUGCUUGGAAGUUCGCCUACGUUAUAGCUUCAGAACGUGAAAAGACAUGUCAGAUGUUUCUAAUCUGGAACCCGCAGACGGUUGAUUUGGACGUGGUCAGGAUUGAGGAACAAGUCAUCCACUCUAAAAUCAGGUGCACGCGUUCUAGAAACGAGUUCAGUUUUUCUCUUGUUUAUGACUUACAUUCACCUGGAAUCCACCAGCUCCUUUGGGACUCGCUGGUUGAUUUUGGCUUGCAGGGUGGUCCCUACCUUGUCAGUGGAGACCUCAACGUUGUUAUGCAUGUGGAUGAACCCCGAGACAGGAGGAAACCUGACAAUAGAGAGAUGGACGGACCCAUUAGAGCCUGUACGAGACUAGGCUUACAAGACACCCCUUUAACGGGUUGCCAGUUCACUUGGUCCAAUGGCAAUGUAUCCAGCAAAAUUGAUCAAACAACGAUUAACCAAGAUUGGAUGGAUGCUGGAUUUAUCGCGGACACGACGCUCAUGCCUGCGGACUUCUAGACAUAUCACUCACCGGCAAAGACAAAAAUCUUCGGUGAUGUUAAGACUUACGAUAAGUCUUUUCAAAAUUUUCAAUUAUUGGAUGACCCAUGCAGGUUUCAAGCCCCGACUUGAGGAGAAGUGGCGCAAGCCAGUGAUUGGAUCGAAACAGUUCAUUCUUUUCCAACGGUGCAAGGCGUUCAAGCAAGACUUUAGGGAAUUCAACUUCAAGAAGUUCAGCAUGAUCUCAGAACGGGCAAAAUAAGCUUCAAAUGAGCUAAAGGAAACCCAACUGGAGGACGAUCAGGACACGGAAAACAUGGCCCUCCGUGAGCAGCUCAAAGUGCUCAAACAGAAGGCGAAGUUGCUAGUGAUGUCGGAAAGGAAAUUAUUUAGCCAGAAAGCGGGGAUUAAGCACCUUUUUCUUAGCGAUAAGAACACUGUUUUCUUCCACUCUAUGGUUAAGACUAACAACUCUCGGAAUACUAUCUCUUUCCUAUGCAGGGAGGACAGCUCCAUCAUGGAUGAUCAGGACGAGAUUAUUGAGAGUUUUGUGAACUUCUACAAAUGGCUCUUUUGGACGGCAAAAGACGCACAACCGGCAAGAUCGGAGGUGCUUGAGAACGGUCUCAGAUUGAAUGAGGAGGACAGGGAAGGGCUCGUCCGGGAUGUCACAAUUCAGGAAAUUAAGGAUGCAUUGUUCAACAUCGAUGAGGGGAAAGCUCUGGGGCUGGAUGGAUUCUCAACGGCAUUCUUCAAGAAGAAUUGGACAAUCAUCGGGGAGACUCCGUUGAAGCGGUCAAAGAAUUUUUCCAUACGGGUCAGCUUCUCAAGAGCCCCAAUACGACCAUCAUUGCCCUCAUCCCUAAGACGAACAACAAUCCCAAAGUGGGGGACUUUCGACUAAUUACGUGCUGCAAUGUCGUCUAUAAGGCCAUCACAAAGAUCAUAUCCAAGAGGAUGGAGUCGUUGUUGCCUAAGCUUGUAAACCAAGCCCAGUUGGCUUUUGUCGCGGGAAGAAGCAUCAUGGAUAAUAUCCACUUGCCUACGGAGCUCAUGCGUGCCUAUGAUCGUGCAAGGGGUGUGCCUCGCUGCACGGUAAAAAUUUAUCUUCGCAAGGCCUAUGACACCAUUUGUUGGGAUUUCCUUGAAGAUGUCCUCCUUGGACUUAACUUCCACCCAAUCUUUGUUGAGCGAGUCAUGGAUUGCGUUACGUCGCCAUCCUUCUCUAUCAUUAUGAAUAAGAGUUCCCAUGGGUUCUUCAAAGGUAAAAGGGAACUGCGGCAAGGAGACCCAAUGUCCCCGGCUCUCUUUAUCUUGUGCAUGGAAUAUCUCUCCCGCUUACUCUCGCUUCGUACACAGGGUCCCCACUUUACAUUCCACCCUUAAUGUUCCUCGCUUUGUAUUACUCACCUUGCUUUUGCAGAUGACCUUAUGUUGUUUAGUCAUGGCGACGCAUACUCGUUGUAUGUCCUCGGUGAAGCCGUGAAGGAGUUCUCGGCUUGCUCAGGACUUGAAGUUAACCAAGGGAAAUCUAAUAUCUUUCUUGCAGGAACGAUGACAGACGAGCAAAGGGAACACCUCAUUAACAUCUUUGGGUUCACCGUCGCUCAUCUGCCGGUCAAAUACCUUGGCAUCCCGUUGGCUUCACGCAUGCUCAAGAUGGCCGACUACUCUCAGCUUAUUGAGAAAUUCUCUACUACCGUGAAAAAAUGGAACGGUAAGUCCUUGUUCUUUGCGGGUAGACUUGAACUUAUUCGGGCUUGUUUGCAGGGUGUGGAUGCGUAUUGGCUGCAAGCUUUUCCUAUUGUUGCCACGGUCACAUCAAGACUAACGGCGAUUGCGAGACAAUUCCUGUGGGGAUCCAAGUUUUCUAAAGUUGCGUGGAAGGAUAUCUGUCUCCCAACGAUUGAAGGUGGCUUAGGACUGCGGGACCUGGACAAUUGGAAAACGACCCUCUACGCUAAAAUACUAUGGAAUAUUUUUGGUAAGAAGGAUACGUUGUGGAUCCAAUGGGUGCACACAGAAAUCAUCAGAGGCACCGAUUUUUGGGAGUGGAAGCCAAGACCUAAGAACAACUCCCCCCUCAUCAAGCAUCUCAUUUCCAUCCGGGACGAAAUGGGGGAAAAAGUCCCCAAACAGGAGGUGGAGAGAUUGUUGACGCAAUGGAGUUGGGGUAGAGGCACACAGGCGGCCUACGACUGGUUCCGAACACAUGGUGAACGCCGGUUCUGGGCGAAGUUUGUAUGGAAAGACCUCAUCCCCCCGAAGCACUCGUUCAUCUGCUGGCUUGCACUUCGGGAAAGACUCACGACACGGGACCGAGUUACCUGGACGGCUACCGAGAAGAGCUGUGCCUUUUGCACGACACAGGAUGAGACGAAUGAGCACCUCUUCUUUAAGUGCCCAGAAACGACCAAAGUGUGGGAAGAGAUCUGAAGUUGGACUGGGAUGCAACGAAGGUCCACGACCAUCAAGAGUGCGAUUAAAUGGAUCGCGAGGUACAAGAUGAGCUCAGCCAUUGUUCUGAAAGCAAGGACGAUUGGCCUUAUGGCCUCAGUCUACUUUAUUUGGAAGGCCAGAAACGCCCAUAUCAAGGAUGGGAAGAAGUUUGAUGCGGUCAGGACAACUUUCCUCGUCAUGUCAACCACUUAUAGUCUACUCUACUCUCGAUUUCCUGAUGAUCAUGUCAUUCAACAUCUACCGGAGAAGCGAGGUCAGAAUUAGAAGGAAUGUCUGGGUCCCUUCCCCCAGUGUCCGGACUUUGGAGAGCCUUUUGGUGCUGCUCACGUGGGUAUUCUUUUUCCUCUUGGGAUUUUUUUUCCAACGGGUUUUUGGUCUCAAGAGGUUUUAAUGAGGCUCGACUAGGGGUGAGCAAAAAAACCAAAAACCGAAUAU